UCCAACCCAAGAUGGCUGCGCCCUUGCAGAAGUGCUGAAGAAGUGCAUCUCUGGAGAAAUUGUUGGGAUUGCCUCUGAAUUCCGCGGAAACCACUGCACGAAAUCGGCCACCGUGACACGCGGUUAUUUAACAACAACAUACGAGCAGAGUGAUCGACGAGCGGGGUCGGUGCGUGGCGUGGCUGUGGCAGACUGUCCGUGUGAAGAUGGGCCUCGUCUCAAACCCCUUCCCAUAGCGAAGAGCCGUGGGGAGAGGACCCGCAGAUUCCCCUGCAAAUAUCUGCCCGUCGAGCUUGGACUUGACGGGUUUGACAUUAUAUACAGGCUGUGGACGCUGCCGUACAAUUUUCUGUCCAGGAUUGUUUGUGCGACCGUGUCUGUCAUCGUCAGGAGACGGAGAGCUUCCCAAGCCCGGGUUGAUAAUCCUGCCGCACCAAGGGCCUUGAUGAAAAUGGACUCAGAUUUGCUUCAUUCACCGGCCAUGGGCCUCGCUGAGGAGGAGGAGCCUGACAUGAGCGACUGGAAGCUUCCACUGGCCUUCAUGAAGAAACGCCAUUCAGAGAAGAUUGAGGGCUCCAAGGCCCUGGCACAGAGCUGGAGGAUGAAGGACAGGAUGAAGACGGUGAGUGUUGCUCUGGUGUUGUGUCUCAAUGUGGGCGUGGACCCUCCUGACGUAGUCAAGACGUCCCCCUGCGCCAGACUGGAGUGCUGGAUAGAUCCUCUCUCGAUGAGCCAACAGAAAGCCCUGGAGACUAUUGGGGCCAACCUGCAGAAGCAAUAUGAAAACUGGCAACCCAGGGCGCGAUACAAGCAGAGUCUGGAUCCCACGGUGGACGAGGUGAAGAAGCUGUGCACGUCGCUGAGACGCAACGCCAAAGAGGAGCGAGUCCUCUUCCACUAUAAUGGCCACGGAGUGCCCCGGCCCACAGUCAACGGGGAGAUCUGGGUCUUUAAUAAGAAUUACACCCAGUACAUCCCUCUGUCCAUCUAUGACCUGCAGACGUGGAUGGGAAGCCCGUCUAUCUUCGUCUACGACUGCUCCAAUGCAGGCAUCAUCGUCAAGUCCUUCAAACAGUUUGCCCUGCAGAGGGAGCAGGAGCUGGAGGUGGCAGCCAUCAAUCCCAACCACCCGCUUGCCCAGAUGCCCUUGCCGCCCUCCAUGAAGAACUGCAUCCAGCUGGCGGCGUGCGAGGCCAGCGAGCUCCUGCCCAUGAACCCUGACCUGCCAGCUGACCUCUUCACCUCCUGCCUCACCACGCCCAUCAAGAUCGCCCUCCGGUGGUUCUGUAUGCAGAAGAGUGCCAAGCUGGUGCCAGGGGUGACGCUAGACCUCAUAGAGAAGAUCCCUGGCAGACUCAACGACAGGCGCACUCCUCUGGGAGAGCUCAACUGGAUCUUCACCGCCAUCACGGACACAAUCGCCUGGAAUGUGCUGCCCAGAGAUUUGUUCCAGAAGUUGUUUCGCCAGGACCUGCUGGUGGCCAGCCUGUUCCGCAAUUUCCUAUUAGCAGAGAGGAUAAUGAGGUCAUACAACUGCACGCCGGUCAGCAGUCCACGCUUGCCCCCUACAUAUAUGCACGCCAUGUGGCAAGCGUGGGACCUGGCCGUGGACAUCUGCCUCUCUCAGCUGCCUACCAUCAUUGAGGAGGGCACCGCCUUCAGACACAGUCCGUUCUUUGCGGAGCAGCUGACGGCGUUCCAGGUGUGGUUGACCAUGGGUGUAGAGAACAGAAAUCCUCCUGAGCAGCUCCCCAUUGUAUUACAGGUCCUCCUCAGUCAGGUGCAUCGGCUGCGGGCUCUGGACCUGCUGGGACGGUUCCUGGACCUGGGUCCCUGGGCCGUCAGUCUGGCCCUGUCAGUUGGGAUCUUCCCCUAUGUACUGAAGCUGCUCCAGAGCUCAGCCCGGGAGCUACGGCCUCUGCUUGUGUUCAUCUGGGCCAAAAUACUCGCCGUCGACAGUUCGUGUCAGGCUGACUUGGUGAAAGACAACGGUCACAAGUACUUCCUCUCUGUGCUGGCUGACAAUUACAUGCCUGCUGAGCAUCGAACCAUGGCUGUCUUCAUAUUGGCUGUUAUUGUCAACAGCUACAACACAGGACAGAAAGCCUGUCUGCAGGGCAACCUGAUUGCCAACUGUCUGGAGCAGUUGUCGGACCCCCACCCGCUGCUGCGCCAGUGGGUGGCCAUCUGCCUGGGCCGCAUCUGGCAGAAUUUCGACUCGGCUCGCUGGUGUGGAGUCCGGGACAGCGCCCAUGAGAAACUCUACAUCCUGCUCUCAGACCCCAUUCCUGAGGUGAGGUGUGCGGCAGUCUUUGCUCUGGGGACGUUUGUGGGCAACUCUGCUGAGAAGACAGACCACUCUACCACCAUCGACCACAACGUGGCCAUGAUGCUGGCCCAGCUCAUCAACGACGGCAGCCCUGUGGUCCGCAAGGAGCUGGUGGUUGCGUUGAGUCACCUGGUUGUCCAGUAUGAGAGUAACUUCUGUACAGUGGCUCUCCAGUUCAUAGAGGAGGAGAAGAACUACACUGUGCCCUCACCAGCCAACACUUCAGAGCCUGGGAACCAGACGCCGGGGAGGGACAGCCCGGCCAUCCCACGUCUACGCUCAGUCAACUCCUACACCAACAUCCGAGCUGCUACCACCGCUCGCAACCUCAACAAGAGCCUGCAAAACCUCAACCUCAACGAAGAGGGAGGUCCGGCAGCCUUCUCCCCUGGUAACCUGAGCACCAGCAGCAGUGCCAGCAGCACCCUGGGCAGCCCCGACAACGACGAGUACAUCCUCUCCUUCGAGACCAUCGACAAAAUGAGACGGGUGUCCUCAUAUUCCUCCCUCAACUCCCUUAUAGGCGUGUCCUUCAACAGCGUUUACACCCAGAUCUGGAGAGUGUUGCUGCACCUUGCUGCCGAUCCUUUCCCUGAAGUGUCUGAUCUGGCCAUGAAGGUCCUCAAUAGCAUUGCAUACAAGGCGACCAUGAACGCACGGCCUCAGAGGAUCCUGGACUCUGGAUCUCUCACCCAGUCGGCCCCAGCCAGCCCCACCAGCAAGGGCACUCACAUCCACCAAGCUGGCGGCUCUCCUCCGAUGCCCAGCACCAGCAGCUCCAGCCUGACCAACGAGGUGCCCAAGCCUCCGCCUAGGGAGCAGCCGGCCACCAGGCCCCCCUACACCCCCACACUGGGAGGACAGGCGCCCCACUCGCACCAGUUCCCCCGCACUCGCAAGAUGUUUGACAAGGGACCUGAACAGGCAGCUGAGGAUGGGGAUGAGCCGGGUGGUCACAGGAAUUAUAUCAGCGCCACCCUCCAGACGGGCCUGUGUGACUGGAGCGCCAAGUACUUCGCCCAGCCAGUCAUGAAGAUCCCAGAGGAGCAUGACCUGGAGAGCCAGGUGAGGAUGGAGAGGCAGUGGAGGUUCCUCAGAAACGCUCGUGUGAGGAGGCAGAGCCAACGCAUCACACAAAGAGGUGUGUCCCGUCUUGACGAUCAGAUAUUCAUUAACCGCAACCCUGGCGUGCCAUCUGUGGUGAAGUUCCACCCUUUCAACACCUGCAUUGCCGUCGCUGACAAGGACAGCAUCUGUUUCUGGGAUUGGGAGAAAGGGGAGAGGCUGGACUACUUCUACAACGGAAACCCUCGUUACACACGCAUCACUGCCAUGGAGUACCUCAAUGGACAUGAUUGUUCAUUGCUACUCACUGCAACAGAUGAUGGAGCUUUGCGCAUCUGGAAGAACUUUGCUGACCAGAAGAACCCAGAGAUGGUGACAGCGUGGCAGGGCCUGUCCGACAUGCUGCCCACCACUCGAGGUCAGCCCUCCACCAGCGCUCACAGUCUGGCCAGAAGGGUCUCCAUCUAUCUUGACAGGAGUAAGCAAGGAGGUGCAGGCAUGGUGGUGGACUGGGAGCAGGAAACGGGUCUCCUCAUGACCUCUGGAGAUGUCAGGGUGAUCAGGAUCUGGGACACUGACAGGGAGAUGAAGGUCCAGGACAUCCCAACAGGAGCAGACAGCUGUGUGACCAGUCUGUCCUGUGACUCCCAGCGUUCGCUCAUCGUUGCCGGUCUGGGAGACGGUUCUGUACGCGUCUACGACAGGAGGAUGAGCCCCAGUGAAUGUCGAGUGAUGACGUACAGAGAGCACGGAGCCUGGGUGGUCAAAGCCCACCUACAGAAGGAGACAGAGGGACAUAUUAUUAGUGUCAGUGUCAAUGGGGAUGUGCGUUUCUUUGAACCACGGACACCGGACUCUGUCAACGUGCUACAAACGGUGAAGGGGUUAACCGCCCUGGACAUCCACCCACAAGCUAACCUGUUUGCCUGCGGAUCGAUGAACCAGUUCAUCGCCGUGUACAACGCUAACGGGGACGUGAUAAGCAACAUCAAGUACUAUGACGGCUUCAUGGGCCAAAGGAUCGGAGCCAUCAGCUGUUUAGCCUUCCAUCCUUACUGGCCCCACUUGGCAGUGGGCAGCAACGACUACUACAUGUCCAUCUACUCAGCAGAGAAGAGGCUCAGAUAACACACCAGCACUGAACAUCCCCUGAACAUCCCCUCCCCCACAUCACCUUUGACUUCGGACCCUGAGCCCUGGGAGCCAGGAUGUAAAUGACCUUCUGUUGUACAUAUGCAAUUACCACCCUGAAUGUUCUAGUGAUGGCUGCUGACAAAAAAAACUCCUGCAUAUUAUGAACGACUAUAUAUUAUUAUUAUUAUUAUUAUUAUUCUCAUUGUGUAUUCAUAUUCUUAUUCUGAAGCUAAUGAUUGUAGACUUGGCUGUGCUGAGGAGCGUGUAUAUUUAAAUAGCAUAUACAGAAGAUGAUAGGUUCUAUUUUAAGAAGAGGUACCCACCUAUCGCUGGGGCACUUUCCAGCCUCACAGAGCGUGUCACUACCUGAAUGAACUUUGACCCCAGGUACCUGGUGGGGGAGGGGUCACCCAGAGGAUCAACACACACUGUCACACGUAUUCACCGGCGCAGGAAACACGGACUUGCUGGAGCGCUGGACCUCAACGCGUGUUGAAGGCUUCAGUGAAACGGCCCCGCGACAGCCAGCGGACACGGAGAACAGACUUGUGCUACUUUGCUGCGUCGUUGACAAGACGUUUCUAAAGGACCCAGAGAUGGUGGACUAUGCUCCUUUUGCCUGGCAAAAAAUGUACCAGGCAGACGUGGUGUGUGUUUGUGUGUGCGUGUGCGUGCGUGCAUGUGUGUAUGUGUAUUGAAAUGGAUUAUAGCACAGAUGUGCCCCAGAGUGGGCCUUCAUAGCCUUGGACAUAACUGAUGCCCAAAAAGAUGCCCGCUACCAUGCUAGAACGUACCUUCCUGCACAUCCCAGCCCCCAGUGUGCCAAACAUACUUAUCUCUUCUAUGGAAGCCUCUUUGUUAUGGCUCAGGGGGUUAUUUUAGAGGGAAGCCUCUCGCCUCUAUCCAUUGCCCAAAUGAUAUAUUUCCUCAUAGCUAGCACAGUGAGGGGAGAACUGGAGUGGUGGCAAAUGAUAACCCCACUCCAACUCUAAACCCACCCCCACCCAGUCCUUCAGGGACCCUGUGCUCCUUGUCUACCCCACCUAAGCAAUAAACCACUCCCCAGAUCCAGCCUCAAGCUCCCCCCUUACUUAUUUUCAAACCUCCCCUCAAGCCAGAGGUGGACAACAGAACGGUUCCUCGGCAACAGCAGCAGCACAAGCCAUCAGCCGUUUGAGUUGGCCGUGGCUGCCUGAGCCUUUCCUCGACGCUGAACCCCCUCAGCACCCAGAGGUGUGACAAGUGACAACACAGCAAUACAAGCGCCCCCGUUGCUGUUCACAGCAGACUUUAUUUUUUACAUCCUCGGAGUUCCAGAUGGGUGGGGUUUGCUGCAUCACUUCAACACACAUCAGAGACAGGAAAGUUUCUAGUCACAUAAAAGUGUUUUAAAUCAACUUUCCUGUGAUUGUCGAAACUUUCUGCCGUUUGUCAUCUUCCCCAGUGUGGCCAAAGCCCACCCAUCUGCCAUCUAAUUAGGGCAAAACAAACACAGCUGAUGUGUUUGACCCACGUCAGCUGUGCUCUCUGCCCCCAAAUACGCAUGGGUCGCUCACUUUGCCCCUCAUGUGCCAGUCUAAGCCAGCGCUUUCCCUGCCACCGAAUCCCUCGGAUGGCACCUAUCUCACAUCUUUGUCUGGUUUAUAAAAAGUAGAAAUGGAAGCUGACCCUGUGGCUAAUGUAACCACAGUGAGAGACAGCUGCUUAUUCCAGGCUGUCAAGACACCCUGGAGCGCACGGCGCAGUGGGAAGCUCAAUAGUUGUAGGUCACGCAUCUCACCGCACCACAGGGAUCAAUCCCACCCUUUUGGAAAGUUUUUGUUUUCGAUAAAGUCUGCUGUAUGAAUUUUUCCUUCUCUCUUUGUUUUCUUUAAGUUUUAAUUUUGGUUUUAUUGCUGGAGUUUGAAUUGAUGUCGUUUAACAGAGUGGGAGGAGCAGGCACAAAGGAGCAGAUGUGUUGCAUGUGAAGGAGUGGCAUCAGACCUGUGGCACUUUGAAUAACGCACCAAGCGGAGAAGCAGAAUUUCCCUCAGCACUGUACCUGAACAUACUCAGUGUCUCGUGGCCGACGCACACAGGUUUAGUCAGCCUCCUCAGUCCAGCUCAGGUACUCUUCGAGCCACCACAAACCACAGAUGAACAACUGCCAGCCUCUGGGCGUCCUCAGCAUGACGGACAGGUGAGGUCUGCCACCAGGUGAGGUCUGAUGACACUCCACACAUCAUGGAACCUGCAGCUGUUGACCUAAAUGUUACUGUGGUGCUGGUGCUGUUUUGUGAUGAUGCCUCUUUUUUUUUUUUUUUUUUUCAAAAGGGGGUGCUGAGUUUUGUUUUGGUUGUUUUUCUUCACCAUUGACGUGCCUCUCCCCUGGGGCAGCAGCUUUGCUUAUUUAGCUUUUUAUCAUUUUCCUCUUUCUUUUUUGUGUAAUUUUAUGUUUUUAAUUCUAUUGGCAUUUUGUUUGCCUUGGCCUCGGUGAGGUGGAGGGAAGAGAACAGGGACAGCCUUCCCCCCUCUCUCUUUCCCGCACACACACAGACACACUCUCCCCUUCUUGCCAGCCAUGCUCCCCCUCCACCAAAAUUACCCCACCGACCCCCCGACCCCCCUCCUGCUACCUUCAUGCACCUCACCUUUUGCCUCUAACGUCCCAAGCUUUGCUUUUUCACUGUAGAAGGAAUGGACUUUAAAUGCUUUGCCUGUGGACUGAUAAUGACCUGGUAAUACAUGCCGUGCAUUCUGUAUAAACGGCUGCAAUCGCAGUCACCACAUAGUCCCCGCCAUCACCCCGUCACUGAGCUCAAUAGCGCUCUCCAUGGCUCAGCAGGCCUUACUGCAGACCCCUACUGCUUCACUGCCUCAGCCAAAAGUCUUUUGGUGUCGGCCCUCGCUCAGAAUCACUUUCAUCUCUACGUAUCCCGCUUUGAGUUUUAAGAUUUUAGAUCUGGAGAAAAAGAAAGAGACUUUAACGAAGUAGUAGAAAGGAAAAAUGAAAAAACAAUCAGGGUUUGUCUCUGUGACUGUAGACUGCUUUGCUGACUGUGGUUUAUAAGACAGCAGAUGAAAUUGGUGAAAUAAACCAAAUACACACUGAA